AUGGAAAGUGGUUCGUUGACAUUCGCUAAACGUUCUGGCACGUCUCACACUAGUAUCGUGUACUACAAGUCUCCUCCACCAUACGUUUACAGCUCUCCACCACCACCAUACUACUCACCUUUCCCUAAGGUGUACUACAAGUCUCCUCCACCACCAUACGUCUACAGCUCUCCACCACCCCCACCAUACUACUCUCCUUCCCCUAAGGUAGACUACAAGUCUCCUCCACCACCAUACGUCUACAGCUCUCCACCACCACCAUACUACUCACCUUCCCCUAAGGUGUACUACAAAUCUCCUCCUCCACCAUAUGUCUACAGUUCUCCACCACCACCAACAUACUACUCACCAGCUCCGAAGGUAGACUACAAGUCUCCUCCACCACCAUAUGUCUACAGUUCCCCACCACCGCCACUUUAUUACUCUCCUUCUCCAAAGGUUGAGUACAAAUCUCCACCACCACCAUAUGUCUACACAUCCCCACCUCCACCAUCAUAUUCACCAUCUCCAAAAACUGAGUACAAAAGCCCACCCCCACCUUCAUAUUACUGA